UGAAAAUACCGAACACCCCGCCUCCGCCUCCAAGGGAAGUGAAGAGUUGCUUGCCGAGAUUGAUUGUGUACACCGGAUAAGAGGAGCCAGCGAAAAAGAUGUCUAAAGUGGACCAGGACCCAAAUGCCUCGCUGAGCAUCAUGGAGCAAAUCAAGCAGCUCAUCCGCCCGCCGCCCAACGAGGACGAGAAGCUGGUCCAGCGGAGCACCAACACGAAGCAUCCGUACUACAGGAGGCCGGGAAGGGGCCACAACCACGACUACUGCGACGCCUGCGAGGAGGGCGGCAAUCUGCUGUGCUGCGACCGCUGCCCCUCCAGCUUCCACCUGCAGUGCCAUGAUCCGCCGCUGAGCGAGGAGGACAUACCCAGUGGCCAGUGGCUGUGCCACAGCUGCCGGAUGGCCAAGGUGUCCCAGCCGCCGGCCUCCUCCUCCAAGGCCAGCUCCGUGGAGCGCGUGCCGUCGGCGGGCAGCGGCUCAAGGGCCAACACGCCGUCCUCCGGAGACCUGGAGUCCAUACCGCUGAAGAUCCGCAACCUGCGCAAGCGCAGCAACAGCGAACGCAACAGCACCGAGAAGCUGCUGGCCAAGAUGCCGCUGGCCAUACAGCGCGCCCUCGACCCCAACAAGAAGCCGACGCCGCUGGACGAUGUCAUCAGGGCGGCCAGCAUGCUGAAUCCGCAGCAAUUCUCACUGCCGCCGGAGCUGGAGCUGCACACCCAGUUCCCGGGCAACGGCAAGGUGCAGCCCGUCCAGCAGCCGCACCCGCCGAGCGGGAACGGCGGACAUCGCAAGUGCGCCGGCAACCAGCGCCGCAACUCCAAGCCCUUCGAGCUGGACGCCCAGGGACUGGUGCCGCUGCCCGCCAAGACCUGUUUCUACUGCACGCGCUCCUGCAAGCGGGCGCCGCUCAUCUCCUGCGACUACUGUCCGCUCUACUACCACCAGGACUGCCUGGAUCCCCCUCUUACGGCACUGCCAGCUGGAUUGUGGAUGUGCCCCAACCACGCCGAAAACUUCAUCGACGCCAAUAUGACCAACAGCAUCUCGGCCACGGAGCGGGUGCGCCUGUGGAACCGCUUCCACCAGCCGCUCGACCAUGAGAACGUCAAGCUGGAGUUCUUCCGGCGCGUCAACACUCGCCAUCCGCCCUUCCGCACCAAGACGAACGUGCGCGCCCGCGCCCACAUCGAGGUGCCGGCCAUUGUGCGCUACCACUACGAGCACCCCCCGGCGCUGCUGCCCUCCAUGCGCCAAACGCUGCGCUACGACCGGGUGAAGCGGCGCAAGAACCUGCCCACCGAGGUCGAGGAGAUCUCCCGCGAGUCGGUCACCGAGUCGCUGCUCAAGGAUCUGGAGGCGCUGCGCUCGGCUCGGGCCAAGUUCCGCGAGAUCCAGCGGGAGUACGGCACCGUGGAGACGGGCGCGGAGGGAGACAGCGACAGCGAUCCCAGUCCCGAGGAGCCGGAGUCGGAGACGAACUCGCCCGGCGACAAGGUCAAUGGCGGCGUGGAUGCGGAGGCGCCCAAAGCGGAGUCGGAAGCGCUGGCCAACGAGCAGCCGUCGGUUGUCAAGGUGGAGUCCAAGGCCAGCCUGGAGCUGGAGAUCAGCUUCGAGGAGGACGAGGAGGACAGCAAGACGGGCAUCAUCGAUGCGGACCUCUUCCACCUGGACGUGGACAUUAUCAAGAAGCUGGCGCACCAGCGCCUGCAGCAGCUGGUGGAGGAGCAUCCGGAGAUUGUGACGCAGUACAAGAAUCGCACGGCCGCCCGCCGGCUGCGUCAGCUGGCCGCUGGCGAGGGAACAGAGCCGGCCGCAGGACACCCCACUGCUGCCCUCCAAGGUCAAUUGGCGCCGGAGGACAUGAACCGUUUAUCGCUGCUGUUCACCAGCGAAACGUCCUCGAUACUGGCGCAGAAGAACGGCAAUGCCGCCGACGAGGAUCCCGCCAUGGCGCUGCACCCGGCCCUGGCCACGGCGGCGGCCAUUGCGGCGGCGGACGCGGCUGCCGAGAGCUAUGUGCCGCGUGCCCGCAGCGACACGGAGAAGGCCUACGAGCUGGCCUCGCGCCUGGAGCUCAAGCUGCUGCAGUGCAAGGUGCAGGCGCGGGCGGUCAUCACCCCCCUGGGCGACAUGCUCGAGGACAGCCGCUGGUUCAGCUCGCUUGGGCUGGACCACUCGAUUUUCAUGCGCUACCGCACGCUGUACAUCGGCUACGGCGGCCACUACUCGCCGUCGACGACGCUGGCGCAGACGGAGACCGUGGACCUGUCGGCGAUCGGCUACUGCUGCCGCAUCUCGCCGCAGCACGCCAUCAUCUUCUACGACGAGUUCUCCAAGUCGUACGAGCUGAUCAACUACUCGGAGUUCGGCACGGAGGUCAACGGGCAGCUGUACGCCUGCGACCUGACCGACAGGAUGCCCACGCACGCCGGCAAGCGCAUGCGGCCGGACGACGCGGAGCUGAAGAGGCGCGUCGACGACCUGCUGGACAAGCGGCGGCACAUCCAGCGCCAGUUCGAGCCCAAGAAGAUCGGCCACGAGCGGUUGGCGCCCAUUGUGAAGCCCGCCUGCCGCUGCACGAACGCCGAUCCGGUGCCCAUGGUGGCCGGCGCCUGGGAGGGAUCGGCCGUGCUGGCCCACGGCACGCUGCUGCGGUUCGGCUGCCUGUCGUUCGUGUUCUCGGUGCCGUCGCUGGACCUGCUGCAGGCGCAGGCGCGGACCAAGCGAUCCUAGGACCAAGGCAGGCGCAGCACUUAGUUUAGGCCCAACACACACAGACACAGCAGCGCUCGCCCGCAGCCAGCUCCAGUGGAGCAGCACCAAUCUCAGUGGGGCAGCUAGCAGCCAGGCAUAGGAUUAGGGUAGCAACCAGUUCAAUCAUUCAUCGCAAUCAUCGUGGCAAUCUGCGGCCUCGGCUCCACCCUCUUAAUCACCCGACAUCCCAUCCUAGUGUUAAGGAGACAAUCGCGCCCUAUGGUUACUGCAGUAAGUGUGGAGUUUGCGUUCGCAGGGAGCCCAAACCCCGCAUCUACUGAACUAAGCAUUGUGUCCAUGGACCGCGGAUCGACCCGGCGGUUCCAUACCCACAUUAAUCGUAUUCCUAAUUGUAUAAAUUGCUAAAUUGAAAUAAACUUGUAAGAAUUAAGGUCAGA